AUGGCUACAGAAUCUCUUUCAGAGAUGGAGCGGCGCAAUCGGCUGCCGACCCUUUUUGAGGUCCUCAGCCGUCGCACCCUUGCGCCAGUUGACUUAUUCUCUUUCUAUAUCUACAUGCGCGAUCAGCAGCGCUCUGUGGAUUACUUGGAUUUCUGGCUGGAUGUAUCGCAACACAUGUCCUUGUGUCGACACUAUGUCCGCGAACUACGCCGCUCUGUCUUGGUGGCUACUCCUGACCUCGAGAAGGCGGGAAGCAAGAGGUCGUCGACUGUCCUAGAGAACCUGGAGAACUUGGGAGAUAUCCCACUUGACGAAGCCGGUCCGUCUGGCUUUCACAACAGAAACUCAGAAGAGAAGGACGCCGAUCAGAAACUCUCUGCUUUCCUGCGUUUAGAAGGUCAGGGGUCUUCUCCGCAAGGCAGUAUAGGCUCUCAAUCCGCCGGAAGAGUAUCGUCGAACGAGCAGCGCCCUCGCGAGAGUUUCAUGACUACGCCUGAGCCGGGAAUCGAUUCUGGCUCACCUGGCCAUACUGUGACUCGUGCGGAUAUUCGCGCCAGUGCUGAAAAGAUCCUGUAUACAUACCUACUUCCAGGAUCUGAGCGCGAAAUUAUCCUUCCGGAGAACAUGGUGAACAGCUGUAUCAACAUGAUCGAGGAUGAUGGCCGAGAUGAUCCAGAAGUUUUCGACUCUGCCAAGGACUACGUCUUCCAAGCCAUGGAGCGCGAUGCUUUCCCUGGUUUCUUGCAAGCAAAGGCCCUGGGCAACUUGGUUCCCUUGAGUAUUGUGGCCCGCUUGGCAUUUGCGCUGGCGUCCUUCGGAGGAGGGUUCUGGGCUGCUUUCUACGUAGUGCUGAGUGAUAAACCAAGACAUAUCCGCUGCUGGGUUAUCCUUCCUUUCGCCAUAGCUUCUUAUUUCCUUGUUUCCUACCAGUACAAGAUCGACCCGGUUAUGGCCCUGGUUGGGUACAGCGAGUACACGUUCAUGAAUUGGACGCGGAUCCAGGAGCCUUACGUGCGCCGUCUCCUCAACAAACGAGCGACUGCCACUCUCUUCAUUACAAUUCUCCUCGCUGUUGCACUCUGUGUGCUAUUCAUUUUCGUUCCCGGAACGAUGCUCUGA